AUGUGUAUUACUUUCCACAACAUGUUGCCUCCCUCCAACGGUGUCAUCCUUCCCAACUUUGAUGACUUCUCUCCACUAAUUGAGCGUUUUAAACCAAGUGUUGUCUAUCAACAACAACGACCCUCAUCAUCGCAAAACCUUCUCACUCUGAUCCGAUGCUUGCUUCUGUGGCUCCUCAAUGAUCUUCUCACCUCUGCUAGUAUUUUCUUACACCAACAUAAGUACACUCAAGAGUUAAUUGCUCUAGCUAGGCUUCAAGAUGGUCGUUCUGUUGAUACUCCCUUGGAAGUGAAUGUUAAGUAUCAUUGUGAUGAGGGUGAUUUUCUCUCUAAUUCCUCUUUGCAUAGACAGCUGGUGGGAAGCGUGAACUAUUUGACUAUUACUCGCCUUGAUAUUUCUUUUGUUGUUCAACAAGUUAGUCAGUUUAUGCAAGCACCUAAUUUUCAUCUAGCGGUUGUCUGUCGCAUUGUUCGCUAUUUGCAAGGCACUUCCUCCUGUGAUAUUUUCUUUCCUGUGGGCUCUCUUAUUCAUCUGGUGGCAUAUAAUGAUGCUGUUUGGGCUGGUUGUUUUGAUACUCGUCGUUCCAUUAAUGGUUGGUGCAUGUUUCUUGGUAACUCUCUCAUUUCUUGGAAAAGUAAUAAGCAAGAUCGUGUGUCUAAAUCCUCCACUGAGUCUGAGUAUCGUGCUAUGUCUUCUGUUUGUUUUGAGAUUGUUUGGAUAUGGGGAUUGUUGGCUGAGCUCAG